GUCUCACCUACUUCUGGGUCAUCUGUGAACCUUUUUUCCAUAAAAUGCUUCCCCCUUCCCUGCGCCAUCUUGAGGUUCCCUCUGACAUGCUCGGACCUGAGCUGGCGGACUCUUGCCCUGCGCUCGAGAAUUUGGUCUUAAGGGAUCCGUUUCGUCUCUGCACGUUACCUAUAGAUCGAUGGCGGCAUCUGCGUUUGCUUUCAGGUCCCUGUGGCGUAGGUCAAGAAGCACUAGAGAAGCUCGCCAUGUCCAAUACGAUCCAGCAGCUUGACAUCAACAUUAUUUGCCCCCCGAUUGCUGAUGAGCUGCAAGUUCCCUCGGUCAGUCGAAGCCGCCUUGCAUUUCUAGAGGUGCUCAAGCUCCACUCAUGGACUUUUGAGCAAAGCAUCAAAGCCAUGCAUAUCCUCUUUGACUUGACCACUAGUGCGCCGCUUCCGCGGAUAAAGGAGUUUGGCCUGGAGGUCAAUGCGGACCAACUGCUCAUCGUUAACUCUCUGGCGCUGCCUUCCUUGGUGGCAGACUCCUUUAUGGAGGAGCACGACAAUUCCCCAGAACUUGCCCCUUUCAUGACCUUCUUCGCGGCCCACUUUAGUACGGAAGUGCUCACAUGCUUUUCCAUGUCAAACAGCGACAACACCCUCUCGGGCUCCUCGGCCUGGCUCUACGAUACCGUCCGGCCUCUUUGUGCCUUUACACGGCUCACACAUGUCACGCUGCACAUCCGGCCCACGCUAAAGGACAGAUGCGCACUCCGCGGACCUCACAUCCUCGCCCUCGCGAGCGACUGGCCGCUUCUCGAAUACCUGGACAUCGGCCCGCUCUUAGAGCCUGUCCUCCUUCAAGAGCUCAUCGCGCUCCUCGAACACUGCCCGCGACUCGUCUCGCCUUGGCUCAGCGUCCUGGUGCGCUCCGCAGAUACCCUCGAGCUGGCCCGCAGCAUCGAGGAUCUGCGCUCGCGUGCUGGCGUGGACCGUCUUUUGUUAGAGCACGAUGGUCCGCAAGCCGGGGACGUAAACCUCACGGCCUGCGUCCUCCGGGCCAUAGUACCGGACCUGAAGGAGGUCCACACGCAUGCGAGCGACCAGCUCGACUUUUGGCGUGGUACGCUGGAAAAGAUGGAUGCCGGUCGCGACGGCGCAUCACGAGCGACCCGCGUUGUUGACAUGAACGCAAGCCUUUGUGGUCACAGUGAUGACCUGUCCCAAGAUUUUUCUAGACAUAUUCUCUAGAUCAGAUGGAACGGCCGCCAUGUUCGGUUCCUGGAACGUGUUGAGUGACUUAUACCUUAUUUUUCAUACUCUAUAGCUUGAUCUUAUGCACCAGGCUGCUCCUAGCUAGUGUUCGUUGGUUGCCUGGGUGCGUGUUUCCUCACAUAAUAGUUCUAUCCACAC